AUGGCUGUAUAUCAUCAGCAACAACGUGAACAACAACUAACAAACUUAAUCCAAAAUCCGGUUAAACAACCUGAUUACUUGUCUGCUCCUCAGCCGGAAUUUCGUACAUCCAGGAAACCCGAGUUGUAUGCAAUAAAUCAAGGCAAUAAUUCCAUAUUGAUACCUAAUUCCCGAAUGCCAACGUUUGAAUUCCCCUGGAGUUUAUCCGUAGCGAACAGUACAACGUUAUCAUCGUUACCAACAACUAGAAAUGUGCCUUCUUCCGUGUUUCCAAUACGGAACUUUUCGCUGGAACAAUUAACUUCGAUGGAUGAUAUGCGCUAUUGGGGUUUUGCUGAGCAGUUACCAUCCACUACUGCUGUACCACAAUUUGCACUUUAUACACGCUUAAAUAUGCGCAGUGACUCGCGACUCGAUUUGACAGCCAACCGUUUCGGCAGCAAUAAUGAUUCCAAAACUUCUGUGCAGCUUCGAUCGCAACAAACACGACGAAAGCCUCGCGUUUUAUUUACUCAGUUUCAGGUGAACGAACUGGAAGAGCGUUUCAAGUUGCAGCGAUAUGUGAGUGCAGCAGAACGAGAGCGAUUAGCAGUGACGCUCGAUCUUACUCCCACGCAAGUCAAAAUUUGGUUUCAAAAUCGACGAUACAAAUGUAAACGGAUGGAACUGGACCGGACAUUACAACUCUCAUCUGAACUAAUCUUGAGUCAAAGUUCGUCUACUUCAGUCAACUGUGCUCUGAUGAACUCCUCAUAA